CAGAUGCCAAAUCUGUGGUGUCCAAGGACACAGUGCGAAAAGGUGCACUCAACUUCAAGCCUUUCAAGCGGCUUCACAGCAACCACCACCAACCCCAUUCACUCCGUGGACUCCAAGAGCAAACUUCACGGCUGCCAACUCCUACUAUAAGCUAUGCAAUUCUAAUGGAGUAUCAGUGAAAUUUUUUCCACAAUCUUUUCAGGUGAAGGAUCUGUCAACGAGGGUCCAGUUACUAUGCGGCAAAGCUCAGAAUGAACUCUAUCAGUGGCCUCGAGCAGUACCACAAGUGAACACGGCCUCUCUUCCAAGUGCUAAGGCAACACUUUCUUCGUGGCACUCGCGUCUCGGCCAUCCUUCUACUUCAAUUCUAAACACUGUUGUUUCCAGUUUUUCCCUUCCUGUUUCUUUACCAUCUCAAAAACUCUUAUCAUGCAAUGAUUGCUUCAUUAAUAAAACCCAUAAACUACCUUUUCAUCAAUCUACAAUCACCUCUAUACGACCCUUGCAAUAUCUAUACUCCGAUGUGUGGAGCUCUCCUAUUCUAUCCUCUGAAAAUCACAAAUACUACCUAGUCAUUAUUGACCAUUUCACCAGAUACACAUGGUUCUUUCCCCUCAAACAAAAAUCUGAGGUCAAAGAAACAGUUAUCGUUUUCAAAAAUCUAAUUGAGAACUUUCUUCAGGCCAAGAUUGGUACCUUUUACUCAGACAAUGGGGGAGAGUUCAUUGCGCUCAGACAGUAUUUUCAGAUGAACGGCAUCUCGCACUUGACGUCUCCACCUCAUACUCCAGAACACAACGGCAUUGCUGAGAGGAAGCAUCGCCAUGUGGUCGAAACAGGACUUACACUUCUCUCCAAAGCUUCCAUCCCGAAGAAAUACUGGCAGUAUGCGUUCGCUGUUGCGGUUUACCUUAUAAACCGUCUUCCAACGCCUCUCCUUGAGCUCCAAUCUCCAUUUAGCAAGCUCUUCGGGAAAUCACCAAACUAUAACAAGCUGAGGGUUUUCGGAUGUGCCUGUUACCCAUGGCUUAGGCCGUAUACUCGCCAUAAGCUCGAAGAUAGAUCUGCAAGAUGUGUAUUCUUUGGGUACUCACCAACCCAGAGCGCCUAUUUGUGUUAUGAUAUCGACAAUAAUCGGAUGUACUGCUCUCGACAUGUCCAAUUUGAUGAAUUCACUUUCCCGUUCUCUGAUUCUGAUACGCAGUCGACGCGAUCUCCGACUACAGACACCGACACAGAACCAGUAUAUACGCCAACCUCAACAGCUUUGCCGCUAAGACCCUCGUCGCAGGUUCCUCACCCGGGUGUUUCUUCACCGACGCAAACUCCGGCGACAACCACGACGAAUGCUCCGGUAUCGCCUUCUAACUUUCAAACUCCUUCUGCUUCUCCCUCCUCUGAGCCCACUGCUCCAACUCAAAAAGGGCCGACACCCACGGCCCAGACUGACCAAGCCCACCAGACAAUUUCAACCCAUGCUCCCAUAAUUCCACAAUCAAACCCAAAUCCUGAUGCCUCCCAUAUCCAAAACGAAAACCAGCAGACCAAUCCAAACCAGACCCAAACCGUCCCUCCUGCAAACCCAACUACUGAGAUAUCAAACCAACAACCUUCCCCAAACCAAACCGAAAUCACAACUUCUCAAUCCACAUCUUCCUCGUCUUCCUUGCAACCUCCUCCUCAACCUGAAAUUACCAACUCUCAUCCAAUGUCUACAAGAGCUAAAAAGGGAAUCACCAAGCCGAAUUCCAAAUACCUUUAUGCCAUAAACCUUACCGACAAUAUUGAACCCAGAACCAUCAUUCAAGCGAUUAAAGAUGAGAAGUGGAGGAAAUCUGCGACUGCUGAAUUCAACGCCCAACUCAACAAUCACACUUGGGAUUUAGUUCCCAAACCCAAAGGAGAUGUGACCAUUGUAGGCUGUCGCUGGAUCUUCACCAUAAAAUAUAACCCCGAUGGAACUAUCAAGUGUCACAAAGGUCGUCUGGUCGCAAAAGGCUACAACCAACUGCCUGGCCUUGAUUAUUCCAAAACAUUCAGCCCCGUCAUCAAGUCUACAACAAUUCGAAUUGUCCUUGGUGUAGCCGUGGAUCAAAACUGGCCGAUUCGUCAGUUAGACGUCAACAACGCAUUUUUGCAGGGCACCUUAUCUGAUGAAGUUUACAUGUCACAACCUCCGGGCUUCGUUGAUCCAACAAGACCGCACCAUGUCUGUCGCCUUAGGAAAGCCCUCUAUGGCCUUAAACAAGCUCCAAGAGCCUGGUAUGAUGAACUGCGAUCUUUUCUUAUCAGUAUUGGAUUCACCAACUCUGUCUCAGAUACGUAGCUCUUUAUUCUCAAAAAGGACAGAUCACUCGUAUACAUUCUUGUAUAUGUUGAUGAUAUAUUGGUCACAGGAAAUGAUAACUUCAUCAUUCAACAAACACUUACGGCAUUAGCUCAGAGGUUCUCUGUCAAAGAUCAUGAAGAACUACACUAUUUCUUGGGUAUUGAAGCAAAACGAGGACCACAAGGACUUCAUCUCAGUCAGAAACGUUACAUUCUCGAUCUACUUGAACGCACGAACAUGCUGGGGGCCAAACCAGUAGCUACCCCAAUGGCGACAUCUCCUAAACUCACUCUACAUUCAGGAUCGAGUCUCACAGACCCAACGGAGUAUCGCCGGAUUGUGGGGAGCCUUCAAUAUUUAGCUUUCACUCGGCCAGAUCUCUCGUACACUGUCAUCAAACUGUCACAAUACAUGCAUUCCCCAACAUCAGAUCACUGGAAUGCAGUGAAAAGAGCGCUACGUUACUUGGCUGGCACGGUUGAUUAUGGUAUCUGUCUCAGACGAGGUAACUCUGUAUCAUUACAUGCCUUCUCGGAUGUAGAUUGGGCAGGAGAUGGUGAUGAUUAUGUAUCAACAAAUGGAUAUGUAGUUUACAUAGGGCAUCAUCCGGUGUCGUGGUCUUCUAAGAAACAAAAGAGCAUCGCUCGUUCUUCCACGGAAGCGGAGUAUCGUUCUGUAGCAAACACUUCCUCCGAGUUGAUUUGGAUCACUUCAUUACUUCAUGAACUUGGGAUUCCACUUACGGGAACUCCAACCAUUUAUUGUGAUAACUUGGGUGCCACAUACUUGUGUGCUAAUCCUGUGUUUCAUUCUCGUAUGAAACAUGUUGCGUUAGAUUAUCAUUCAUCAGGAAUCAAGUUCGAUCAGGUGCCUUACGUGUGGUUCAUGUCUCUACAAAAGAUCAACUGGCAGACACUAUGACCAAGCCACUUUCAAGACAAUCAUUCACUUCAGUUAUUGGCAAGAUUGGAGUGAUGAAGCUUCCCCCCUCCAUCUUGAGGGGGCGUAUUGAGGGACAAUCAUCUACAUGAUUGAUAUCGUAUCAUCUAGAUUAGGAUAGUGAAUAUAUUGUCAUUUAUUAUAAUCGUGAUACCCUAACUCCUCUUGAUGUAUAUAAAUAUUCUCUGUACAUUCUUAAUAAAUCAAUCUCUUCAAUAUA